GCAUGGUGAGCUUCAUGGUGUAGCGUCUCGCGCUGUGAGAGGAAACAAUGGCGACUACGGGAACUGCGGCGACUGCGGCGGGCGGCGCGGGCGGAUCAGCGGCCGGUCAGGCGGGACCCGGGGCUUCAGCGGGCAGGAAAAAGGACGGAGGGCCGUCGGCGAAGUUUUGGGAGAGCGCUGAAACGGUUUCUCAACUCGAGACGGUUCGCAACUGGAUCGGAAAACACUACAAAAAGUAUGUCCAGGCCGACUCUCCGUCCUGUAAAUCUUUGGCCGGGCUGGUGGUUCAGCUGCUCCAGUUUCAGGAGGAUGCGUUCGGCCGGAGAGUAAGCAACCCUGCCCUCACCAAACUGCCCGCCAAAAGCUUCUUGGACUUUAAAGCAGGUGGAGCUCUGUGCCACAUCCUCGGGUCUGCGUACAAGUAUAAAAGUGAACAGGGAUGGCGGCGAUUCGAUCUACAGAAUCCAUCCAGGAUGGACAGAAAUGUGGAGAUGUUUAUGAACAUUGAGAAAACUCUUGCACAGAAUAACUGUCUGACUCGACCAAACGUCUACAUCUCAUCCGACAUGGACCCGAAGCAGGCCGGCAAGCUGAAGGACAUCAUCAAGAGACAUCAGGGCUCCAUCACUGAAGACAAAUCCAAAGCCACACACCUCAUCUGUCCAUCUCCAGCUCAGACAGAGGAAGAAGAGUGGCUGCGUCCUGUUAUGCGUAAAGACAAGCAGGUGCUGGUUCACUGGGGGAAUUAUCCAGACAGUUAUGAUACCUGGGUGUCCACCAGUGAUGUGGACGGUGAAAUUGAGGAUCCUCCAAGCUCAGAGAAACCCUGGAGGGUGCAUGCCAAGUGGGUUCUGGACACGGACGCCUUUAACGAGUGGAUGAACGAGGAGGACUAUGAAGUCGACGAGAACAGGAAGCCGGUGAUCUUCCGCCAGCGCAUCUUCCCUAAAGAGGAGGAGUCUUCCCGUACACCUGAUCGUAAGGAGCGAAAGUCUCUGGCUGGAGGGAAGAAGAGGAGGCGCUCCCCGUCCCCCCCGAGCACCCCCGCGGAGUCUCGAAAGAAGGGCAGCAAGAAAGGGAGCGCCGGGAUUCACUGGAAGCGUCGAGGACAUCGCGAUGAUGACGAGCAGGAUGAAGAUCUCACCAAGGACAUGGAGGACCCGUCACCUGUUCCGGGAAUGGAGGAGGUUUCUCUGCCCAAGAACGUUAAUCAGAAGAAGGACAGCGAGAACGCUCCGGUUAAAGGAGGGACCAUGGCUGAUCUGGAUGAACAGGAAGACGCCUCUGUGGGCUCUGCAGGGAAGGACGAUGAGGAGCAGGGUAAAGCCGAGGUGAACCGUCUGAUGGACUCUGGUGAGGAUAACGUGACGGAGCAGACGCACCACAUCAUCAUCCCCAGCUACUCCGCCUGGUUCGACUACAACUCGAUCCAUGAGAUCGAGAGACGGGCCCUGCCCGAGUUCUUUAACGGGAAAAACAAGUCGAAAUCCCCAGAGAUAUAUCUGGCUUAUCGUAACUUCAUGAUCGAUACGUAUCGGCUGAACCCUCAGGAGUACCUCACCUCCACUUCCUGCAGGCGCAACCUCACUGGAGACGUGUGUGCCGUCAUGAGGGUGCACGCGUUCCUGGAGCAGUGGGGUCUCAUUAACUAUCAGGUGGAUGCAGAGAGCAGACCGAUGCCCAUGGGGCCUCCACCCACUCCACACUUUAACGUCCUGGCUGAUACACCGUCAGGCCUCGUCCCUCUACACCAUCGCCCCCCGCAGGUUCCCCCGGCUCAGCAGAUGCUCAACUUUCCAGAGAAAAGCAAAGAUAAAGUGACAGACCUGCAGAACUUUGGCCUCAGGACAGAUAUGUACUCCAAGAAGAUCCCUAAGAGUAAAGGGGGAAGCGGGACGCGAGAGUGGACCGAGCAGGAGACUCUGCUGCUGUUGGAGGCUCUGGAGAUGUACAAGGACGACUGGAACAAGGUGUCCGAGCACGUGGGCAGCCGGACACAGGACGAGUGUAUCCUUCACUUUCUGCGUCUCCCCAUCGAGGACCCGUACCUGGAGAGUUCGGAGGCGUCUCUCGGACCCCUGGCCUAUCAGCCCGUCCCCUUCAGCCAAUCAGGAAACCCCGUCAUGAGCACCGUGGCCUUCCUCGCAUCCGUGGUCGAUCCCAGAGUGGCUGCGGCUGCCGCUAAGGCUGCUCUCGAGGAGUUCUCCCGUGUGAGGGAGGAGGUCCCAGCCGAGCUAGUCGAGGCUCAUGUGAAGAAAGUGCAGGAGGCAGCAAAGAGCACGGGGAAGGUCGACCCCUCUUACGGCCUGGACAGCAGCGGCAUCGCCGGAACGGCACCGGAGGAGCCGGAGAAAUGCGAAACCACAGAAACAGAGAAGAUGGAAACAGAUUCAGAGUCUCAGCAGAGAGAGAAGUCGGAAUCUAAGGACGAGACGGAGAAGACGAGUGAUGCAGCUGAGAAACCAGCAGAAGGAGAGAAGAUAAAGAGCGAGACACCUGAAAAAGCUGAGGGUGAGGAAGAGGAGGGUGACGCAGGAGACACAACUGAAGCGAGCACAGCUGAUGAGAAGGACAAGGAGGAGUCGAUGGAGGUGACGGAGGGAGUGAAGGAGGGAGAGGAGACAUCGACGGAGGAGGGCAAGAAGAAGCUGGAGCUCGAUAUCGGAGAGGGCAACAUCGCCACCGCUGCGGCUGCUGCGCUCGCCUCCGCUGCCACCAAGGCUAAGCACUUGGCCGCAGUGGAGGAGAGGAAGAUCAAGUCUCUGGUGGCUCUGCUGGUGGAGACGCAGAUGAAGAAGCUGGAGAUUAAACUGCGGCACUUCGAGGAGCUGGAGACCAUCAUGGACCGCGAGAAGGAGGCGCUGGAGUUGCAGAGGCAGCAGUUGCUGACGGAGAGACAGGCGUUCCACAUGGAGCAGCUGAAGUACGCAGAGAUGAAAGCUCGCCAGCAGAUGGAGCAGCAGGCGGCGGCAGCGGCGGCCGCGGCUCAGCAUGGACAGCUAGCCCCGCCUCCUCACCACGGAGGUCCACAGUCUGGACAUGGAGCUCCGCCUCCUCCUCACGGUGCCCCACCCCCACCCCAUAUCCCCCCUCCAGGUCUGCACCCUGGGUCUGGAUAUCCUUCACUGCACCACCCCAUGGGGCCCCACCAUCCUCCACAGACAGGGCCGAUGGUUGGACCCGGAGGUCAGCCCAUGCCUGGCCGUAUGAUGCCCGGCGCGCCCCCUGGUGCGAUGCCCGUAGCUCCGCCCGGCGCCAUGCCACCCAUGAUGGGCCCCAGACACCCCGGAGCCCCGAACGGCAUGUAUCCUGGCCCCCCUCCUCCUGCUCCUUCUGCACAGCCUGAUGGGAUGCCCCCGGCGACAUCACUUCCUGUUCGCCCUCCUGAAAAUUAACACUCUCACACACUCGGUUUUUUUCCCACAGCUCCUGAUAUAGACCUGCUCUCACACCUUUACUGACUAUACACACACACACACACGCACACACACUGUUCUCACAUCUCACCUGGCUGUGUGUGUGGUGAUAAUGUGACUGGUGUGUGUGUGUGUGUGUGUGUGUGUGUCUCUCUCUCACACACAGACCUUGCGCUACUGAUACUCACUCAACACUGUUAACUUGUGGCUGGGAAACAGUUUCCACCUCUGCUGCGUGUGUGUGUGUGUGUGUGUGAGACACAUUCAUGUUGAGCUUCCUUUCCUUCUUAUCUCUUAGAAUCUACCUCUGCUGGACCUGUGUGUGUGUGUUUGGCCUUUAGAGCUAGAUAGUUCUGCUUUACUCUACCUCUGUCUCCACUACCUCCUCUGUCUCUCUUCCCCUUCUGCUUUUUUUUUUCUCUGCUUAGUUUCCUGUCUCUCUCUCUCUCUCUCCCUCUCUCUCCCUCUCUCUCUCCCUCUCUCUCUCUCUCUCUCUCUCUCUCUCUCUCUUCCUCUCUCUCUUCCUCUCUCUGCCCGUGUGACUGCUGCAUUACUGCUGUGUGGAGGUUGUUUUUUCAUCCUCCUUUUCCUCAGGUGAUCACAUUUCCGAUGUUGUAUCUCUCUCUUUCUCUCUCACUCACACUCGCUCACACACGCGCACACACACACUUGUGUAGAGCCUCCACACUGUACUGUUCUGUAACACAGGAGCUGUCUCUCUCUCUCUCUCUCUCUCUCUCUGCUUUAUGGCUAUAUAUGAGUUUAAGCUUGAUGAUGAUGAUGUAUUUUUAAGAGAAUAAACUUUGUCUAGACGCCUCUGUUCCUGGCACAUUGAGCUUUUUAACGUGUACGUGGUACUGAAACCCUGAAAUAAACUGCUGUGGCCCUUUUUACAUGCA